GGAUCUUUUAUAUCACGGAUAUCUGUAGUUUCUAGGCAUGCACCGGACCACUCGAUUGAUUGCUGGCGGUUUCGUGGCUGCGUUUGCUGCGCUUGAUGGUCAUUUAAUCCUUCCGUCUCCCUCUAAUCCCCCUUCCACAAAUUCACGGACAUUAUCCAGCUUCUAUUCGAAAGCAAGAUCCUACUUGCGUGAAUGGAAGCUAUUGGCCUCAGUGCAGGCCGAAACUGGGGACGCGAUUCCCGAGGUUACUCCUUGGAAUUGGAAUUGGGAUGGAAUGCAUCGAGAGACAAAUGCGACGAGUAGCUGCCUCGCUCGUGGAGAUGAACCUUCACGGAAGCCUAGAUGUUCUCGACACUUGAUUUUUAUUCGUCAUGGACAGUACCACUAUGCUGACUCCGAUGCUGAAUGUCAUCUGACUUCAUUAGGCCAUGAACAACUAAACUUCACGGGACUUCGUCUGAAGCAUCUCAACUUUCCUUAUCUGACUCUCUACUAUUCCACCAUGACUAGAGCUGUUGAGUCGACCGAAGAGGUACUUAAACACCUGCCGGAUGUGAAAGUGGUGCCUUCAGUGUUGUUGCGCGAAGGUGCCCCCUAUCCACUGGAACCACCAAUCCCGUCCUAUCGCCCAACCGCGAAAGAACUAAAAGAGGACGGCGAGCGGAUUGAAUCUGCCUUUAGAACGUUUGUCCAUCGUCCCGAUGCCAGUCAAACGCAGGACACUUACGAAAUUUUUGUGUGUCACGGGAAUGUGAUCCGUUAUAUUGUUUGCCGUGCUCUACAGUUGCCACCUGAGGCGUGGAUUCGUUUCUCACUCGAUCAUGGAAGCAUAACUUGGCUAGUAAUCCGGUCAGAUGGUCGGGUAGCUCUCAAGUGUUUGGGUGAUUCAGGUCACAUUCCUCCUGACAGAAUAUCUGUACAGUGAUUAAGCGCCUUUUGCACACACGCCAGAUUCUCCACGUGGUCUUUUGCAUUUUGUCUUCGGUUUUAUUAUUUAUGCGCUUUUCUUUUGCAUUAUUCUGGUUUUGAUUAGUCAACCCUAUCUUCUUGCCAUGUAUCUAGGAUUUAAAUUUAGUUGUGAAUGCCAUCCUCUUCCAAAUGACCUGAUGUACACGAUGAUCAAAUAAUAAUAGACUUCCUACACUCUUUUGUCGCAAUCCCCCAUCAAACCGGUGAGUGUGUGUGAAAUGCCACUUAGUGAUGCAGCGCAGAUAUCUCCCAUCCACAUUACCAACUUGCUGAAUAAUUUUAAAUAUUUUUACGCAACUUAUUUAUUGCUAGUUGAAUUUUAUCUUUUAUAAACCUCUGAUACACUAAA